AAAAUGCGAUUUUUUUGAAAGUUAAAAUGACACGACUUUACAUAAGGAGCAUUUAAAAUGGGACGGAGGGAGUAAUAAUUGCACGAAUGUAUUAUUUCAUAUAUAUAAUAAAUGGACAUACAAUUGCAAAGAGUUGAUGAACUACAGGCUCUAAAAUUGAGUUGAAACGAGUCAACGGUUUAUCGGAAUCGGAAAAGAUGGCCGGAGUGGAGUUGAUUCCUAGAGAAUACGGAUACGUGAUCCUUGCCCUCGUCCUCUACUGCUUCCUCAACGUCUGGAUGGCCGAACAAGUCCUCAAAGCCCGCAAAAAGUACAAUGUUCAUUAUCCGACACUGUAUGCCUCAGAAUCUGAAAGCAAGGAUGCCAAGCUCUUCAACUGUGUCCAGAGAGGGCACCAGAACUCACUGGAAUUGAUGCCUAUGUUCUUCAUGCUGAUGAUUGUGGGUGGAAUUAAGCACCCCUUGAUCUGCGCCUCGCUUGGACUAGUUUACAUCAUGGGCCGCUAUUUGUACUUCACCGGAUACGCCACCGGGAAUCCCAAAAACCGUAACAGUCGCUGGAAAUUAAGUCUUUUUGCAUUACUUGGGCUAACGAUCGCCACAAUUUCUUGCGGGAUUGAAGUACUGAUUGCGUAAAAAGCAAACGCCUGAUUUAAGCAGUUUGCAUUUGGCUCGCAUCCUCGGUCAAAUUUGUAUUUUGCUACCAUGUUGUAUUUCUGUUUUCUAAUGUGGAGUUGACCUACGGAUAAUACAUGAACCUUUUGUGGUGUGGAUUGUGUUUUU